AUGGGCAACAGCCCCUCCACAUCCAAAUCCGCGAACCAGUCGUCAGGGUCCAAUUCGCAAACGCAACAUGAUCGGCCGGUGAGGCGCGACAACAGACAUCCCAUCCCGGUGCAAACCAGCCGGGUUGCUGCCCCGCCAGAACCCUCGCUCACUCAGGCCCAGGGCACAUCGGUCCAACCACCGUCGACCAGCAACACUACCGGCAGCCGGACCAAGCCGCUUCAAUUCCGACAGGCCCCCUCGUCCGCCUACUCGACCGCAUCCUCUUCCGUAAACGCCGCCAGCUCCUCGAGCUCGGCAAAACCAGUUGAGGUGAAGCAGCCCGCAGCCGGUUCAAGCCACCAGCCUUCCAAGCCCGUAGCCGUACCCAACUACCAGAAUUCACCCUCGUCGCCUCCGCGGUCGCUCCGGUCCGACGACACUUCCGAAGCGGCCAUCAUGCCACACAGCAGCCUGCAGGACAUGUCAUACCUGACACGUCCGCCGCGCCUGCCCCUCCCGAUAGAAGAAGAAGUGCACACGCCUGGGUCGCCCAUCAUCGCGCCGGCCGACGCCGGGCAGCCGCUAGAAGACAUCGAAGGGCUAGAUAGUGCGAAGCUCUCUCAUCCUGGUUCAGACUUGAGCAACACCUCGGCGCCGGGUGAAGAGGAUACAGAGGAACUAUUGGUUGACAAGACCAGGCCGACGGUGCCAACGAGGCUGGAAUGGCGUCACGGAGGGGACAAGGUCUACGUAACGGGCACCAUCUUCCAAUGGAACCGCAAAACGCGGCUGCAUCCAGUUCCGGACCAGCCCGGUGUCUUUGCAACAACCAUCAAUAUCCUUCCGGGAACCCACCAUAUCCGGUUUCUGGUAGACAACCAGAUGCAAACCUCCCCAGACUAUCCGACCACGGUUGACUUCGGCAACAAUCUGGUCAACUACAUUGAAGUCAGCCCCGAUGACGUUCCGGCUGCAGAAACCGAAGCAGCGGGGCCGACAACGGGCAGGGAUGGCCAGCAGCAGGCCCAGGGGAAAGGAGCCUCGACCGAAGAGGAGGAGGAUGAAAGGGCGCCCAGGUAUCGCGAAGUGCCCCCGGCGGAAGCUUUCGUGAACAAGAUUCCCAAGUAUCUGCUCGAUUUGGAUCAGCCUGAAGACAGCCCCCUAUAUCACAGCGCAUUCACGGCCACCGAGGGACUGCCCAACCCGCCCGCCCUCCCUGGGUUUCUCAACAAGCCCAUCUUAAAUGCGUCGACCCUGAUGAAGGACGACAACAGCGUCCUGAACAUGCCGAACCACACUGUCCUCAACCACCUCGCUACCAGCAGUAUUAAGAAUAAUGUAUUAGCAGUCUCGGCGACGACGAGGUAUAAAAGCAAGUAUGUGACGACUAUCAUGUACAAGCCGACAACUGCAGAGGGUAUCUGA